CCAGGAGCAGACACGCGUCUUCACUGCCUUGAGUGGCCUUACAACUCGACCACAACCUCUACAUAGUUCCUCUCUCAACCGUCGUCCUCUUCUCGCAAACUUUUUACGAUGCACACGAGUGAAUACGAUUACCUCUUCAAACUCCUCCUCAUCGGUGACUCUGGCGUUGGCAAAUCUUGUUUAUUGCUGCGUUUCGCAGACGACACAUACACGGAAAGCUACAUCAGUACCAUUGGAGUUGAUUUCAAGAUUAGGACGAUUGAGCUGGAAGGAAAGACCGUGAAGCUGCAAAUCUGGGAUACAGCAGGCCAAGAACGUUUCCGUACUAUCACAUCUUCUUACUACCGUGGCGCUCAUGGUAUAAUUGUCGUUUAUGAUGUUACCGACAACGACACUUUCACGAACGUCAAGCAAUGGCUUCAGGAGAUUGACAGAUAUGCAUCCGAGGGCGUAAACAAAUUGCUCGUGGGUAACAAGUCGGACUUGACGAGCAAGAAAGUUGUGGAGUAUACCGUCGCCAAGGAAUUCGCUGACCAACUCAGCAUCCCCUUCCUCGAGACUUCGGCUAAGAACGCAACCAAUGUCGAGCAGGCUUUCUUGACUAUGGCGAAGCAAAUUAAGGACAGAAUGGGAUCUUCAUCGACUACACCUGGUGCGGGCAAGUCGACGGUCGUCACACCAGGACAGACCCUGGCACAGCAGCAAUCCGGCGGCUGUUGCUAAAUCUCCUGGUUCUUUUCCCCAUCUCUUGAUUUUCCCAUAUUCACAUUUGCUAUUCCUCAUGGACCUCCUUCCAGCUCUUACCUUUGGAGCUGAACAUUUUACCAAGUAGAUCAUGGGUCCUCCUUAUGUUUUACUGUGAAUAUAGUACUAUUGCAUAAAACUUCUUAUAAUAUGGCAUACUACGAUUAGCGUGAAAUAUGUUUUAUG